AACAAUCGGUGAAUGCUGAGCGGGGUUUCAUCCCUUAUUCUGGAUUAGGGUUAAGAUUUCAAUAUUGCACAAACUUGGACUCACUCCCUCUCACUUGACUCACAUAAUCAUCGCCACUGUAAAAGUCCCAAACUUUUUCCACCCCUUUUAUGCUCAAACUUCAAAGUCGUGAUUUUGUUGCUCCCAAAUGCAUGUUAUGUAUGAGGGCACUACACAACUUUGGUGGUGUUUGGUAAGCAACAAACAAUGAGUGGCCAAAGCCAAAGUUGUUUAAGCAAUGGAACCGAACGAUCAAGGAUGCAUUGGACUCCAUUGAUGGAACGCUACUUCAUUGAUCUCAUGUUGGAGCAUUUGCAGAUAGGGAACAGGGUUGGCCACACUUUUAACAAACAAGCUUGGACAGACAUGCUCACCUCGUUCAAUGCUAACUUUGGUUCACAGUUCGACAAAGAUGUCCUGAAAACUCGGUAUACCAAUUUGUGGAAGCAGUUCAAUGAUGUCAAGAGUCUUCUUUCUCAAUUCGGUUUUUCUUGGGAUGCUGCCCGGCAAAUGGUUGUGGCUGAUGAUGAUUCUGUUUGGGAUGCUUAUUUGAAAUCUCACCCUGAUACUAGAUGCUACAGGACAAAACCAGUGUUGAACUUUGAUGAUUUGUGUGUCAUAUAUGGCAACGCUGUUGCUGACGGAAGAUAUAGUUUAUCUAGCCAUGAUGUACGCCUUGAUGAUAAAUUGCAAGGACUGCAUUUGGUUGAUGGGACAGGAACCGUUGCUGUACCAAGUUCUGAUCGUACCAGGACGGAUUGGACUGCUUCUAUGGACCAGUUUUUUAUAGAGCUUAUGGUUGAUCAGUUGAGCAGGGGCAAUCGAGUGGACAAUGGAUUCAAUAAAAAAGCUUGGACAGAUAUGCUAGCCAUUUUCAAUACUAAGUUUGGAUGUCAGCAUGGUAGAAGGGUUUUAAAGAAUCGGUUCAAGAAACUGUUGAAAUACUACCGUGAUAUAACAAAUCUUGUAAAACAAGGCUUUUCGUGGAAUGAACAACAACAAAUGCUUUUAGCUGAUGAUGAUAUCUGGGAUUCUUAUGUCAAGGCACAUCCGUAUGCACGAAUAUAUAGAUCGAAAACUUUGCCAAACUAUCGUGAUUUAGAAUUAAUAUUCAGAAACGUGUCUGAAAAUGAGAUCAGUAAUCUGCAACCGGAGAAAAAUCACGAAGAUGUCAUAUCAGAAGAAACAAAGGACGGUGUGUAUCAAUGGAAAGCUUUCAUCACCCUGUUCAACUUAUUACGUUGUUUUCCUGCAUUUUCUAAAACAAAAUUAACAAUUUGCUCCAUAUCGGUCAUGCAAAAACCUAAUGAAGAAUCGUCCUAUAUAUUAUCCUUCUACGGAGGUGAACUAAAAGGAAGUCGCAACCCGAGCGGCACUGACCGAACUAGAACAUAUUGGACACCCCCAAUGGACAGAUGCCUCAUUAACUUGUUAUUGGACCAAGUCAAACAUGGAAAUAGACUUGGGCAGACAUUCAUUUCCCAGGCUUGGAAUGACAUGAUUACAUCUUUCAAUGAACAAUUCAAUUCUCAAUAUGACAAAGAUGUUCUGAAGAAUCGUUACAAACAUUUGAGGAAACAGUUCAAUGAUGUAGACCAUCUUCUUCAGCAUGAUGGGUUCUCAUGGGAUGAUACAAGAGAAAUGAUUGAUGCAGAGGAUCGUGUUUGGGAUUCAUAUACUAAGGCACACCCUGAAGCUCGAUCACUUAGAGUUAAAACCUUGCCUGACUAUGGGAAAUUGUGUAUAAUAUUUGGAGCGAAAGGUGAACAGAAGACUGGCGUUUUCUCAAAUUAUGAUGCUGGUUCCACAAUAGAGUGGACAGAAUCAAUGGAACGCCGUUUUGUUGACGUUAUGAUUGAGCAAGUAAAUAAUGGAAAUGGGAUUGAAAAUCUAUUCAAUGAGGAAGCUUGGAUGCAUUUGGCCCAAACAUUCAACGGUAGAUGGGGACUCCAAUAUGCUAAGAAGGUUCUAAUGGAUCAAUAUUUAUGCUUGAUGAAGAAACAUGAUGACAUCUGCAACAUUCUGAGUCACAGUGAGUUUGCAUGGAAUGAAACCCUACAAACAAUAAUUGCUGAUGAUGAUGUCUGGGAUGCAUAUAUUAAGGAUCACCCAGAUGCUAUCUCAUAUAAAAACAAGUGUUUGUAUCUUUUCCAUGAUUUAUGCAAGAUUUUCGGAAACAAAGUAAUGGAAAUAUCAAAUGUCAAAGCGAGUAAUCUGGAGCAGCUUCACUUGAUGGAAGAAGAUGAUUUUACCAUCGACAUGGGUUUGAAUGAAACAUCUGAAGAUUUGGUUGAUAUCAUCAAUGUUGACAUAUCAGAGCAAGAUCUGGGAAAGGGAAGGGAAAAUGAUGGUGAGGAAUCAUUUGGGAAUUUGGUGGUGAGUGGCAGCAAUGAAAUUGAUAUCGAUGCCGUUGAAACAAAUGGAAAUUUAGAUGUGGCUAGUAACAAUGAAAUAUCGAACCAAGACAGAGAAAAACCAAUGACACACCAUGUGAGGAAAAGGCCUGGUACGAUGAUGUCUAGAGACUCAACACUUCCCAAAAAGAAGCUGCGAAUGAAAGAAGCUUUGUCUGAGAUGGCUAGUGCUGUGAAUGCACUGAUGAAUAAGAGAGAGAACAGCAAUUCAUCAUUUGAAGAUGCUUUGAAUGUUCUUCAGGCUAUGCCUGACAUAGAUGAGGAGUUAGUAAUGGAUGCUUCUGAUCUGUUGGAAGAUGAGACGAAGGCAAAGAUAUUUUUAGCUUUGGACAUCUCUUUGAGAAAGAAGUGGUUGCUUAGAAAGCUUCGAUAGUAAAAACCACAUCACUCAACUGUACAUUCUUCUUUUCCAUCUCCAGAUUCUGCCAUCAUAUGUCGCAAAAGAACCAGAAUCGAUUAGUUUUAUUUCUAGUCGAUAUAUGAAAUCCAUUUGAUUGGAAAAGAAUCAGAAUCGAUUGGUUUUAUUUUUAGUCAAUAU